GAACAAAGCGUAAACAAACCAAUCCGCGCCGCAACAGUGCGGUGGCAUGGCACGGGAUUUUGAAUCCAAUUUCCAGUCCACAGCUGAGAGUUGAGAAGGCCCCCUUGUUCCUGUAGACUGUAGUGCGAGGAGGAGGCCAGAGGCCACGGCCGGGCCACCCACACGACACACCAACCCCCCUGCCUGGCUGCCUCCUCCUCCUCCCUUUCAAACCACUCCGCUCCGGCUCCCAUCUGCGUCAGCUUCGUCUUUGCUUCCAGCUUCCGGCGAGCUGCUAGCGAGCUCGUCCGCGGCGGCCAUGGUGGCCCUGCUCGGCUUCUUCCUGCUGCUGCUUCAGCUCGGGCCCUCUUCUUGCAGCAAUGUGAGUGAGCCUGACCGGCCGGAGUCCUGGUGGUUAUUCAGCCUCCCAAUCCCCGGCCCGGGCGGUUCUUGAGCUGAUGCGGUUUCGUUUCCUGCAGGUGUACAUUGUGUACAUGGGGGAGAGGAGCCCCGAGCUGCAGCCGGCGCUGGUCCGGGACGCGCAUCACGGCGUGCUCGCCGCCGUCCUCGGCAGGUGAGUGAUCUCACCUUUGAUCUGCUUGAUUCCUGUGGAUUAGCAUUAGCCGUGAUGCAUCCAGCGACUCAUGGCGGCGAGACUUUGCAGCGAGCCGGCGGCCAAGGACGCCAUCCUCUACAGCUACCGGCACGGCUUCUCCGGGUUCGCCGCCGUGCUCACGGACAGGCAGGCGGCGCGGCUCGCCGAUUGGCCUGGAGUCGUGCGAGUGGUGCGGAAUCGUGUUCUUGACCUGCACACCACCAGGAGCUGGGAUUUCAUGCGAGUGAAACCGGCGUCCUCGGUUGGAAUCCUCUCGGGGAGUAGAUUUGGGGAGGAUUCCAUUAUCGGCGUGCUAGAUACUGGGAUAUGGCCGGAGUCGGCCAGUUUUAGAGACGACGGCAUCGGCGAGGUUCCACGGCGGUGGAAAGGGAGGUGUAUAGCCGGAGACAGAUUCAACGCUUCAAACUGCAACAGGAAAAUAAUAGGUGCGAAAUGGUACAUAAAAGGGUACGAAGCUGAGUAUGGCAAGAUGAACACAACCGACAUCUACGAGUUCAUGUCCGCGAGAGAUGCUGUCGGGCAUGGCACGCACACGGCGUCCACUGCUGCUGGUGCUCUGGUAGCUAAUGCAAACUUCAGGGGCCUUGCCAGUGGUGUUGCAAGGGGAGGGGCACCGAGGGCUAGGCUGGCCGUUUACAAAGUGUGCUGGGCCACCGGAGAUUGCACUUCUGCGGACAUACUUGCAGCUUUUGACGACGCUAUACAUGACGGUGUUGACGUGCUUUCAGUGUCCCUGGGGCAAGCACCACCCCUCCCUGCUUAUGUUGAUGAUGUCUUGUCCAUUGGAUCCUUCCAUGCUGUUGCAAAAGGGAUUGUUGUGGUCUGCUCUGCAGGAAACUCUGGACCUUAUUCAGAGACGGUGAUCAACUCAGCACCCUGGAUUGUGACCGUUGCUGCUGGCACACUUGAUAGGACUUUCCUCACAAAGAUCACCCUUGGAAACAACAGCACCUAUGUGGGGCAAACAUUGUACUCCGGAAAGCAUCCUGCCAAAAGUGUGCGUGUAGCCUAUGCUGAAGAUAUUGCAUCUAAUAAUGCAGAUGAUACAGACGCAAGCUGUACUGCAGGAUCUCUGAACUCUACUCUAGUGAAGGGAAAUGUGGUGCUUUGCUUCCAAACACGAGCACAGAGAUCAGCAUCAGUGGCAGUAGAGACUGUCAAGAAAGCUCGUGGUGUUGGAGUCAUCUUCGCCCAGUUCUUAACCAAGGACAUCGCAUCUUCAUUUGACAUUCCCUGUGUUCAAGUAGACUAUCAAGUUGGAACAGCUAUACUUGCAUACACUACUAGCAUGAGAAACCCAACAGUUCAGUUUGGCUCAGUGAAAACUAUUCUUGGAGAACUGAUAGGCCCAGAAGUUGCAUAUUUCUCAUCCCGGGGUCCUAGCUCUCUAUCCCCCUCUGUUCUGAAGCCAGACAUUGCCGCCCCAGGUGUCAACAUUUUGGCUGCAUGGACACCUGCUGCUGCCAUAUCAUCCGCCAUUGGAUCUGUGAACUUCAAGAUUGAUUCAGGAACCUCGAUGUCCUGCCCACACAUUUCAGGCGUGGUUGCUCUCCUCAAAUCAAUGCAUCCUAAUUGGAGUCCUGCUGCAGUAAAAUCAGCACUUGUCACAACAGCCAAUGUCCAUGACAAUUAUGGGUUUGAAAUUGUAUCUGAGGCAGCACCCUACAAUCAGGCAAACCCAUUUGAUUAUGGAGGUGGUCAUGUGGAUCCAAACAAGGCUGCACACCCCGGUCUUGUGUAUGACAUGGGAACAUCUGACUAUGUGCGCUUCCUUUGUUCCAUGGGCUACAACAGCUCGGCCAUCAGCUCCAUGACUCAACAGCAUGCGACAUGCCAGCACACGCCGAAGACACAGCUAAACCUGAAUCUGCCAUCCAUCACCAUUCCGGAACUGAGGGGCAAGCUUACAGUGUCAAGAACAGUCACGAAUGUUGGCUCAGCCAUGUCGAAGUACAGAGCUCAUGUGCAACCUCCGCCAGGUGUGGAUGUGGUCGUGAGCCCCUCACUCCUGGUCUUCAACUCGACCAUGAGAAGGUUGACAUUCAAGGUGACGUUCCAGGCCAAACUGAAGGUGCAAGGGAGGUACACCUUCGGUAGCCUGACAUGGGAGGAUGGUGCCCACACGGUGAGGAUCCCUCUUGUGGUUCGGACGAUGAUCAGUAAGUUCUACGUCAAUGCAUGAGCUAAUGUGUGUGUUAAUCGGCGAUGGUGAGACGGACAACAUGUAACUCGCUAAUUUCUCCGAUUCUAAUGGCAUUGGUGAUUGGGGUUCCU